AUGGCUAGAACAAGAAGCAAAGGUUCAAACAACACGUCCAAAAAAUCAAAUCGAAAUUCGCCAGUUGCAACCAGAGGUAGAAAAGCAAAAUCAAAUCAAAAUUCAAGUAAUGCUUCAACUCCAAAAUCAAAAUUUGUAAAUUUGAAACUAAAGGGAUCUGAAAAUGAUAUAACUCAAGAAAUAGUUUCACCACGACCACAACCAAUUCUACUGCCACCUAAAAUCGAUUCACAACCUUCAAGUCCAAUAAAACGUCAUAUUGAAAUAAAUUCAUCGCCUAUAAAACAACCAAUUAAAUAUUCAACACCACCACCACAAGAUAAUUCAUUAUUUACACCAUCUCCACGAAAGAAGAAAAAUGUUGCAUUUUCAGAUGAUUUAUUAACUUAUGUACCAAGUUCACCAGAUAAAAAUCAAACACCAGGUAGAUCAAUAUUAAAACCAUUAAGUUUAAAUAUAGAUGCAACAAUAAUGGAGAUGAAAAAUCUAAGAAGAGUUAAAGAAGAAGAAGAACAAAUAGAGAUAUCACAAGGUUUGAGCCCCUCAGAUCCUAAUUUUUGGACUCAAGGUACUGUUUGUUCAUCUCUGUCAAAUUCAGAAGAAUUAUAUAAUUUAAUAAUUGGAUGUAUUACUGUUCUUUCAAUUGAUGAAUUUAAUAAAAGAUUUGAAGUUUAUGCUACUUUAAAUCAUAUAAAUAAAUUAAAUAGUAAACAAGCAGUAAUUAAAUAUUUAACAAGUCCAUUUCCAAACUCACCUACUAGAAAAUCAUGUAUUCAACAAUUAUCAAGUAUAAUAAACAAAGAUGUAGAAAAGAUAGAGAAUAAAUUAUUUAAUAAUCCUGAAAUUACUGAAUCACCAACCAAAAAUAAUCCAUUUCAAGUUAGAGUAAUUAAUCAAGCUAUUAGAUUAUUAAAUUCAUUAUUAUCAGAUUCAGAAUUGAAUAAUUUUUUACCUAUGGAGAAUAUAUCUUGGAUCUAUCAUCAUGCUUGUUCAAUAUUAACUAAUCCAAAAGUAUCAAAAGCAAUUGUAUCAGCAUACAUAUUAAUAUUUAAAGAUUUUAAAAUAAGUAGUAAGAAAAAACGAAUCUUAAUCGAGUGUGAUAAUUAUGCAUUGGCUGAAAAGAUGUUAUUCACAUUGAUAAACAUGAAAAGUUUCCCAAGUGCAACAUUAAUAAAUGAGAGGUACUUUUGUUAUCGAAAUUUCACAGAUUUGUUCCCAAAUAUAAUGGCUAAAAAUAUAGGUCAUUGGAUGCCUACCUUAUUAAUCAAUAUAUCGAACAUUGCACCUCCGUUUUAUGCCAAAGUUGCAGCAAAUGCCAUGUUUUCAAUUAUUGAAAUUGCAAAAACUUUCCUUGAUAAUAAACAAGUAUCGAAAUUUAUAAUUCAUUUUUUAUCUUCAAAUGUUCCAACUGAUAUUAGAUCGAUUUUAUAUAAUGGAUUAGUUGAAAUGGAUACAGAGUCAUUAAAUCGACAAAAUUUUAAAGUUAUUGAUGUGGUUAUACUUAGAAUUGAAGAAUUAAUGAAUGAUGGAGAAACUAAACUUGCGAUGGACUUAUGGGUAGCUAUAACUAUGUUAAUUUCAGAGGAAGUACAAUUAGAUGAAUGGAAAUAUUUUGAUAAAUGGGUUGAAAUACCUUAUGCAUGUUUUGGAUCAACUGUUGAAACUCAAAUAAUUGGAUUACAUAGUUGGAAAAUUGUAAUUUAUAACAUUUGCAAGAAUAAUCUAUUAAGUAUAAGGAAUGGAGUUGAAUUAAUUAACAGAAAGAAUCCAAUGGAUAAUACAGCUUUAAUUAAUCAAUUUUUAAAAAGUAAGAUUAAGUUAAUUACAUUUCCAUUCACGAUAUUUGAAUCUGAAAUGUCUAAUGAGGUCGUAUUUGCAUUGCAUAAUUUAUUUAUUGGUAUAUUACACCUACUUUUGAAUCCAUCAGUAAUGAGACAACCAUCAAAACAUUUAUAUAUAUAUUGGGAUAAGAUCAUACAACCCACAUUUUUUAAUUUUUAUUUUAAAAAUGGUUCAAUUGAAUUAGUGAAUAGAUUAGGAUUAGAUAUAUUAUACAAACUAUUAAAAUUAACACCAAUUAAUGAGAAAGGAUAUAGUGAAUUGAGAAUAUUAUCAAAUGAGAAUAUAGAUUUACAAGAGAUAAAUUCACUACCUACAAGAUGGAUCCAUUCUAAAUUUGAUAGAGUAAUGCAAGUAAUUAUAUCAACUUUCAAAUCUGAUUUAAGUAAUGAACAAAAGAUAAACUUAUGGAAUACAUUCAUGAUAAGUAUCAAACCAAUUAUGAAAAAAGAAGGUUUAAAAUUAUCAGCUUGUAGUUGUGAUGUGAUUGAUAAUUUACCAAUUGCAAUGGCUCAUUUAUUCAAAAAUAAUAACAUACAAGUGAGAUUAAUCCAUAGGUUGAUUUUCAAUCUAAAUGACGUAUUUCAACCAUUUAAUAGAGAUGGGGAAUCAAGCACGAAUAUUUACUUGUCAAUACUAAAAUUUGCAAUACCAAAGUUAUCAAAAAUUGAAAGUAUGGAAGUGAUUCGAUCUAUCUUAAUUGGUCUUAAUAAUGAAAAAUGUUUGAUUUUCAUUGCUGAUUAUUUGAAAAAUGAAUUAGCGACAGAAAAUGUAAUUCAAAUAUUCACUGAUUCAUUGAAUAAAGUACAUUUAGAUAAAUCUCGAAAAUCAUUGAAUUUAUUUGGUGAGAUAUGCACAUUUUAUAAAUCCAAUUAUCAAACUUUUGUCAAACAUGUAAUUCAACAAAUUGUCACUAUACAAGACAAUGAAGAAUUAAUUAAAUGUUUGAAUCAAUUACGUAUCCAAUCAUGGAAUCCAGAGAUAAUUGAAUACUUUUUGGUUUUGGUUAAGAAUGCUCCAAAUAGGUAUAUAAAUCAAUUUGUGAUAAACUUCAUCAAGAUCAACUUAUUAAAAGAAGAGUUGUUUUUACAUACGUUAUCAUUUUUAAUUGCGAAUGAUUUUCAAUUGGAAUUAAAUGAAUUAUUGGAUCAAAUUGUAGAAAAUGCAUUGGGGUAUAAGAAUGUAUUGUUGCCUACUUGUGACAUAAUCCUAAAUUAUAUAAAAAUGAAACUGAAAUUAAAUGAAGAAAGUUCAUUUGUUGAUAAGUUGUGCGUUAUGAGUCAGUUUAAAUUGGGAUUAAAUGUCACAGUAUUUGUGGAUGUUUCUAAAUUACCAAUGUUUGGUGAGAAAUUAAAAGAGGUUAGUGAUUCUAUAUCUACCAAGAGUGAUAUUUUGAUACCUACUGCUAAAUCAAAUGAUGACGAUUCACUAGAGAGUGAUAUGCAAAAAAUUACAAGAAAUAAUACUGAAGAUGUUGAAAUGAAAGAUGGAGAUACUGUUAAAGAAAAUAAUUCUAUAGAAGAAGAUACACUUGAAGAUAAAGUAAAGAAUAAUAAUAUGGAAGUUGCUAAGACAUUUACAGAAGAAAAUUCACCUGAAAAUAAUGCUAAUGGUAGAGUAGAAGUCGCUAAAACACCAUCAGAGGAAGAUUCACAUGAAGAUAAACAAACCAAAAAUGGAGUUGAAGUAUUUAAAACAUCUAAUGAAUCAGAACAAAGUACAGUUGAAGAUAAUUCAAAAACCAAAGAUAGUGAUAUGAUUACAAGUUUAGAUAAACUACGAAAAGAGUCAUCUAAUAAACCUGUAGUAAAUGGAGAACAAAGUAAAGAACAACAUGAAGCUAAUAAAGAUGAGACUAAUGUACAUGAUGUUGAAAUGAACGAUAAUGAUGAUUCUGGUUUAGUUUCAAGUGAGAAUGAAAGUGGUGUAGUUGAUUUAACUCAAGAUUCAGAUGAAUUAAUUAUUGAAUUAACUGCAGAAAGAAUAGAUUUAGUUAAUGGCGAUGAUGAAAUCGAUGGUAGAACGAAAAAAGCUCAAGUACAUGACAUUCAACGUGAAGAAAUUGUAAUUCAGGACAGAAAUAUUGUAUCAGAUGCUGUAGUUGAUGAUAAAUCUGAUGAAGAAAAACAAGAAGAGGUUUCAGAACUGAAUGAAUAUGCAGAUACAUUACCUGAUAGUCUAAAUAAUUCGAAAGAUACAAAUAAUACUUCAUCUGAUAGAAUUGAAAUUAAUCAAGCUGAUGAAAAUCAAGAUAAAAUUAAUGAAAUUGACACUCAACAUGAUACAAUUAUGGCUGAUGCUCAUGACGGUAAAGACGAUGGUAGAAAGAGUGUACUUGAAGAUAGCGAAAUGGCUCAAAGCAGUGAUAAAUCUUCAAAUUCAAGUAAUAUUGAGAUUAAUGGUAAAGACAAUGAAAAUAUAAACAGUGUGCCACAAGAAAUUGAAAAGACAGUUGAGACUCAAGUUGAAGUAGCUCAAUCAGAAAUUAUAGCAGAGAAAAGAUUGAGCAAUAAUGGCAGUCUAAUUAAAUCAAAGAAUGAUAUAGCUAAAAGAACGGAUUUAGAUUUUAAUAAUAUAGAAAAUAAAGAUUUACAACAAGAUAUUAGUAGCAUUGAAAUAGAUGAACCAAAAGUUACAAACGUGGAAAUUAUGGAUAGUGCUAGUAGUCAACUUGAACAAGAAGGAUCUGCUAUAAAUAAUUCUCAAAUUGAUUCAUCAAAAAAUAUAGUUUCUGAUCAAAAAGUUAAAUCCAAAUCAUCCAAAAGGGUUAAAGAAAAGAGGGCUUCAAAGAGAACUAGAAGUAAAUCUAAAGUAUCAGUGUCUGAAAGGUUAAUAUUAAAAAAUUCAAAUAAUAAAUCAAAUAAGGUUGAAAUUGCAUCAUCAAUGACUGAUAAAGAAGAUGAAAUUUCUGAAUUGGAAACAAAUUCAAUAUCUCAAGAUAAUACAAAUGAAGAUUCAAUUGAAGAUACUCAAGAUAAUAAUAAAGAAAAUAUACCACUUAGAAGAUCUAAGAGAAAAACUGUACAUAAAGACGUUGCAACAACUAAUAAGAAAGUUAGAACAGCUAUUGAUGAUUCAUCGGUUACCAUUCCAAAAAGUAAUAGUCUUGAAGAAUCAUCAGGUGAAAUUAAUUCAUUUAAAAUUGAUAAUAUAGAUAAUGGAAAAGCAGCUACUCAUAUUGAUAAAAAUUCAACAGAACAAAGAAGAGAGAGUGUACUUGAAAGUCAUACUCAAGAAAUCAAUCAUUUAGAACUUGAAUCAAGCGAUAAUAAAUCAUUAGCAAUUACUAAAGUUGAUGAUAUUUUACCACCUCAAUCCCACACUCCAGAUGAUGCUGUCAAAGAAACUGGUCCUUCUAAAGAACUCAUUCCAACCAAUUACUCAAAAUUAACUGUUUCUCAACUUACCAAAUUAUUAUCAGAAAAGUCCGAUCUAGAAUUAUCCAAUUUAUUAAAUGAAGAUAAAUAUGAAAUAGAAACACAAUUGUUACAAUUUAUGGUUAAAUUAAGAAAUGUCAAAUAG